AUGAGGAUGCUACUGGAAAGCAACAAUACUCCUAUUUCUUGGGCAAUCUUCAAGACGAAGUUCUAUGCCGAAUACUUCCCUAAUAGUGUUCGGUUUGCUAAGGAGGUGGAAUUUCUUGAAUUGGUUCAAGGAGGGAUGUCAGUAUCAGAAUAUGCAGAUAGAUUUAAACAUUUGUUGAGGUUUCAUAUGCUGGCCAUGAAUGAGGAAUGGGAGUGUAGAAAAUUUGAAAAUGGAUUGCGAGGGGAUCUCAAGUUGAUGUUGGCUGGUUUGUGCAUCAAGCAGUUUCCCUCUUUGGGGGAGAGAGCUAAGGUCUUAGAGAAGAGAAAGAUGGAAAUGGAAAGGCAACAGUUGAACGUUGGAGGACCCAUUUUCUCCGGGGGUGGUCUUGGUUCUAGGAAGAUUCCUUACGCUCGGCCUUCUUCUUCAGGAGUUAGAGGUCAGUCUUCAAGACCUCCAGUACCGUUCGGGCAUCAAACCGUUCCAGCUCAUAUUAGAUUUUUUACUUGUGGGGGUCUGCACUAUCAGUUGGUUUGUCCUCAAAAGGAUAGUGGCAGAUGA